AUGACUGCCACACUGUACAUUCAAAAUGAAAUCCGUCCAAGUUAUAUUAGUUCUAGAAUCAGAAUAAAUAAACAAUCAGGGCAGAAUCUGAAAGAAGUGUAUAAAAAAUUCGGAUACGAAAUUGUUGAACCGACAUUGCCAGUUCCAAUCCUCAGAAUGAUUGAAGAACCAACUUGUGAAGAAGUGUUCUCUGAUUGGCAGACAAUUUCAGAACAACCUCAACCAGAAUUCCCGCCAAAGCAGAUUCUUGUGGAGCAACAGAAAGAAUUUCUUCUUAACAAUUAUUCAGCAUUAUAUCCGGUUGUGUCUAUGUAUAAUGCUAUGAAAUUUCACCGUUUGGAUGAAAAAAACGGAGUUGUUAUCGGAAGUAUGCAGCCAUGGGUGGAAAUUUCAGCUCUUGUCAACGGUGCUGCAAAAAUACUAACCGUUGAGUACAAUGAACUAGAUAUACAGGAUGAGUUCCAAUACCGAAUGUCUUCAAUUCUUCCAAUCGAAUUGGUGAAAGAUUGGCAGGCAUACGAAAGUAAAUUUGACUUUGCCGCCUCAUUUUCUUCUAUCGAGCACUCUGGCUUGGGAAGAUAUGGAGAUCCAAUUGAUCCUAUUGGUGAUAUCAGAGAGGUACUCAAAAUCAAAUGUAUGCUCAAACAAGGAGGUCUUCUGUUCAUUGGCUUUCCAUUGGGAACUGACGCAAUUUAUUACAAUGCUCACAGAAUUUACGGCGCUGUUCGUCUAGCAAUGUUGUUUAAUGGAUUUGAAUUCCUCGGCAUAUUCAAUGGAAGUUCCGAGAUGCCUAAAAACCUAACCUCAGAGCGUCUACAAUCGAAAGGGGAUUUCAAGUUCAGUCAGAACACUAUUGUUCUAAGAAAGCUUUAA